UUGGAAUGGCUAGCGUGUUAGCUCUUUGUUGGUUUGGAAUGGCUAGCGUGUUAGCUCUUUGUUGGUUUGGAAUGGCUAGCGUGUUAGCUCUUUGUUGGUUUGGAAUGGCUAGCGUGUUAGCUCUUUGUUGGUUUGGAAUGGCUAGCGUGUUAGCUCUUUGUUGGUUUGGAAUGGCUAGCGCGUUAGCUCUUUGUUGGUUUGCAAUGGUUGGGGGUCCCCGAGGAGAGGUUUGGAACACUGGGGGUCCCCAAGGAGAGGUUUGGAACACUGGGGGUCCCCAAGGAGAGGUUUGGAACGGCUGGGGGUCCCCGAGGAGAGGUUUGGAACACUGGGGGUCCCUGAGGAGAGGUUUGGAACACUGGGGGUCCCCAAGGAGAGGUUUGGAACACUGGGGGUCCCCAAGGAGAGGUUUGGAACACUGGGGGUCCCCAAGGAGAGGUUUGGAACACUGGGGGUCCCCAAGGAGAGGUUUGGAAUGGCUGGGGGUCCCCAAGGAGAGGUUUGGAAUGGCUGGGGGUCCCCAAGGAGAGGUUUGGAACGGCUGGGGGUCCCCAAGGAGAGGUUUGGAACACUGGGGGUCCCCAAGGAGAGGUUUGGAAUGGCUGGGGGUCCCUGAGGAGAGGUUUGGAACACUGGGGGUCCCCAAGGAGAGGUUUGGAACACUGGGGGUCCCUGAGGAGAGGUUUGGAACACUGGGGGUCCCCGAGGAGAGGUUUGGAACACUGGGGGUCCCUGAGGAGAGGUUUGGAACACUGGGGGUCCCCAAGGAGAGGUUUGGAACACUGGGGGUCCCCGAGGAGAGGUUUGGAACACUGGGGGUCCCUGAGGAGAGGUUUGGAACACUGGGGGUCCCCGAGGAGAGGUUUGGAACACUGGGGGUCCCCGAGGAGAGGUUUGGAACACUGGGGGUCCCUGAGGAGAGGUUUGGAACACUGGGGGUCCCUGAGGAGAGGUUUGGAACACUGGGGGUCCCUGAGGAGAGGUUUGGAAUGGCUGGGGGUCCCCAAGGAGAGGUUUGGAACACUGGGGGUCCCCAAGGAGAGGUUUGGAACACUGGGGGUCCCUGAGGAGAGGUUUGGAACACUGGGGGUCCCCAAGGAGAGGUUUGGAACACUGGGGGUCCCCAAGGAGAGGUUUGGAACACUGGGGGUCCCCAAGGAGAGGUUUGGAACACUGGGGGUCCCUGAGGAGAGGUUUGGAACACUGGGGGUCCCCAAGGAGAGGUUUGGAACACUGGGG